AAAUAUGAAGAGUUUUUCCGUUUGAUUGCGGUCAGUGUUUUAAGCUGCUGAAAAAUGCAAAUUUAAUGUAUAAUUAAGUGGAAAAUCGAGGCAAUUGGCAAGUAAAUGGUAAUAUUGAAUGUGUAGCCGAUGAAAACUGUUGCCAAAUACUGAAAGUUUAUAGAUUCUGGUAUAAAAAAGUGGAUUUUUCUUGCGGCCAUCUCCGGAGUGAGCAAAUUAGGGAAGGUUCAAUACUUUUGCAUUUAGAGUAGACGGGGCGGUGCACACUGUGCAUAAGUGUGUGCUGAAAAGCUGUUUGUAGAGAGUGCGGAUCGUUGAUUUUGAGCAUACUGGGAACGCCACGGAAACAAAGCAUAAAUCUCGCUUGCCAGCGUAUUUUAUCGAAGUCCAUUUAAUACUAAUAAUGUGAACCUCACAUAUACACGGGUCGUCGAAGUAUAAUAUUUUCUUGAAGAAAUACUAGCACCAACUAGCAAUGAAGCAUGUUCAGAACAAUCACGAUAAUAUAGAGAAGAACAUCUGAUUUAAAUAUACUAUUGUUCCCGUGAUUCGUAUUGCCUGACAGCUCAUUUUUUUGUAUCUGAAUAUACUCUCUGCCGCUGGCGGCUGCAGGGAUCAGAAAUUGUGCGAAAUAUUAGUAUAUUUUGUAACUCGACGAUUCAUCACACGCACAUCGAGCCAUCAUAGUCAUUAGUUCUAAGUUUGAAGUGAAUAAAACGCAGCUAUUGACAGAAAAAUACUUGGGUGCUGCAAUAACGGAUAUCAUCGAUGGCAGGAAACAUUAAACAAGAUGAUGUAUGCUACGUUGUAGCCAAGUAUGAUUACGCCGCGCAAGGUGCUCAAGAACUAGACCUUAGGAAAAAUGAAAGAUAUUUACUGUUAGACGACAGUAAACACUGGUGGCGUGUUCAAAAUUCGCAUAAUCAAUCUGGUUAUGUACCGAGUAACUAUGUAAAAAAAGAGAAGAAAUCAGUAUCCCUGUUCGAUAGCUUUAAGAAAAAGGUAAAAAAGGGUUCUUCCGGCAGCAAAACGCUCCCAAAUUGUUCGCCAUCUCGCCAAGUUGAUAGUCCAACGAUGAGCCGGAGAUUGCCACCAGAUCCUUCAGAAGCGAUAGCUUCUACUCCUAUUGGAACUGCCAUAGUUAAAUACAACUACCAGGCACAACAGCAAGAUGAGCUGUCGUUAAUUAAGGGCACUCGAAUAUUGAUUCUAGAGAAAUCUAAUGAUGGUUGGUGGCGUGGACAAAGUGGUUCUGCAACCGGAUGGUUUCCAAGUAAUUAUACUACAGAAGAAACUGAGGACGAUACAGUGCACACGUAUGCCAUGGCGGAAAAUGUACUUGACAUCGUGGUAGCAUUGUAUUCAUUUAACUCCAAUAAUGAUACUGAGCUCUCAUUCGAAAAAGGAGAUAGGUUGGAAAUUCUCGAUAGACCAGCCACAGAUCCCGAAUGGUACAAAGCUCGUAAUAACAAUGGCCAGAUUGGAUUAGUACCCCGGAACUACCUUCAAGAGCUGUCUGAAUACCUGGCACAACCCUACCGUAGUAAUAACGGAAGCGGACCGGAUUCAUUAGAUCGACGGCCUAAUGACCAACAAACCAAUAAUAACAAUUCAAGCUCUGCCAACAGUAACAAUAACAACUCUCAGCAACUGGACCGACCGCCACUUACCGGGAAAAGUUGGUAUUAUGGUGCUAUUACGCGGAGUCAGUGUGAUACUGUGCUGAAUACUCAUGGUCAUGAUGGCGAUUAUUUGAUUCGCGAUAGUGAGACGAAUAUGGGCGAUUAUUCGGUAUCAUUGAAAGCACCCGGGCGAAACAAACAUUUUCGUGUACACGUCGAAGGCAACAUGUAUUGUAUUGGACAGCGGAAAUUUCAUACACUAGAUCAGCUAGUAGACCACUACCAAAGAGCACCUAUUUACACCAACAAACAGGGCGAAAAACUGUACUUGGUACGGCCUUUACCUAAGGCGAAUGGAACCUAAGACCACCGUAUCUCUCAAUAUCUAUGUUUGCUAUUCCGAUUUUGUUGGUUGCCAGGUAAGCACGCAUUUUUCUAUUUAUGACAAAAUCCAAAACAGCAAACGAAAUCUACAUGCAUUACGACUUUAGGAUAAAGUGGCAAAAUACAUUGGGCAACCAGUGGGAAUGUGAAUAUGUCGCGUGUAUUUAUAACUAUUAUUACUAUUUAUUUAACAAGACUUUAAUGAUUCAAAUGGUUUAAUAUCUCUUAACGGUUAUACCGUUAGGUCACAUUUGACCCAGAUGUAUAAACAAAGCGAAAAUAUACUCGAUGAGCAGAAUCACAGCUAAGUCACAGGCCACGAAGGAGGAUGAAAAAAAUAUUCGAAUGCUUUUUUAGAAGCGGAAAAGACAUGUCUUAAAUAAAUAUAAUGUGUGUAUUCAUGCCUACAAAUCAAGACAAAAUGCAUAUAUAUUAUUCACCUUCAAGAAACAUGAAUCAUAUUCAUACACACAGCAGCAUUGAACCGCAAUAUGUUUCGUCUCUAUAACGUAUAAAUCAUUGUUCACUUUAUUAUACAAAACAAAAUAAAAAAUACACAUAUGAAAAACACGAACAGCUAAAAACUUCCACCCAAUAGAAUACAUUACAUACUAUCUAGUACAUCGAUGGUUCUGAUGCGUCACAAAAAUGAAUAAAAUAAAGUAAUGAUAUAGAGCAAAACUUGCAUUCCGGCCAGCAUCUAAACCUCAUUUUUCGUUAUCGUGCUUUUGUCAUGAUAUUUUAUUAAUUUAAAGAGUGGUUAACGUGCUUCUGAGGAAUAUCUUCGUUUGCAUUAUAGACAAAUACAAUAUAUGCUUCUCAAAGUUUUGCUUAUUCUUUUUCAAGUAAAGAGCAUUGUAUUUGAACUGUUUUGUUUCGAUUUAUAAAAAUUACAGAAGGUUAUUACGAUAUGAAAAACUGAAAAUUCGAAAAAUAGGAACAUAAAAACAUGAUUUAUUUUCGAUUCGGUUACGCGUUUUUAUGGAAAAAAUACGCGAAAAGAUUCUUGGUGUAAGGCAUAAGGACUGCGUUAACGGAUAUUCUAGUUUACUAGCACUAGCACAGUUCCAACACUCGUGGCCCCUUAGGCCGACUCGAUUGAUCGUGGUGUGCCUGCUGACCUUACUCGUCAUCCCCUAUGGUCCCUAGCGAUGAGUAAACCUGGAAUCGAUCAAAAAUAGCUUGCUUGCAAGCGUCCAUUUCUUUCGAAUUUGCCGGCGGACACCGCAGUGGUUUUGGGCCGCUUAGAUUUUUUACCUCGAUUAAGGGCCAUUACCACAAGGUUUUAUUAUGAAUGAUGUAAUGCAGCUUUUUGUGCAGUCAGCCUUUUGUGGUUCAACCUUUCGAUAGUUUAGUCUUGUGUACGCAUUAUACAAUUUGUCAUAAGCAAUUUUUCAAAUGGACGUAGAACACUGACGUCAAUGACGUAACAGCUGACAGUACGUUGUUACGAUUAGACGUAUGUAAACCGCUAGCUGCCAUUAGGCGUGGUACGUAACGCGAAAAAUCUAGAUUUCAGACCCUCUUCCACUCCGAUGUAAGGAUAAGUGACGUUUUAUAAAUCCCCCGUUUAAAUAACGCUAAACAACCAGCCCAGUUCACUCUUCAAAAAUUUUCAAUUUUCAUACCCAAAUUUAUUUUUAGACGGACUUCAAAAAAAUCACUAUGCAGCUUUAUAAACGUUUUUUAAGUUCUUAUUGAAGCUUUUUAGAGGUUCAACUGAAGACCGUCUAAAGGCGGCAGUGGGCACUAGAGGGUUAACGUAUGUUUUUUUCUGAAAUGUUCUCUAGCCAAAGUAAAUUACCAUCUCUCUUCUUCAUGCGUCACUUUUUUGUUAACAACGCCUGGAGCAAGUGCAUUUUUAUAAUGUAUACAAAUUAAAUACAUUAUUUUAUUAAAUCACUAGCUGAAUGUACCCGGCCUUGCUCGUGUAAAAAUUUCUGCUUUUUUAUAAUUUUCUAUAUUUCCAUAUAUUUUUUCCAGCCCGAGCAUUUCAAAUAGUAUUUCUAUUUUAGUAAUAAACUUGCUUAUAUACCACCUUUUUCGUUGAUUCACAAUCGAUGCGGAGGCAUUCCAAUUGGGUCGAGUGAGUUCAAAAAUUCCGUUGGAAAAUGGAUUACCUCAUCAGCAUCUUCGACGGUAUCGAUUAACUUACAAUAAACUCAAAUUACACUCAAAUUACAUAAUCAAUAGCCUAGGCUCAUCUCUGAUAGUUAAAAUUAUUGCUUGCUAUGUCUUCUCGUUUUACUUUUUUUGUGUAAACAAUAUCAAUAUCAUCCUUAUAGUUGAACAUCAGUCUUCAUGAAUCAAUUAACAAUUUGGAGAUACGGGGACUAUCUCCAGAUUUUUCUCAAGUUUUGAAUAACUUCCAGUGCAGAAAAAAAAACCUUCGCUAUACCAAACGUUCGGACACCAAUUUUCGGUUUUGGGAAAUCAGCUCUGACUUAUGAACCUAAUAUCAGGAAUUAUUUGAAUAUUUUUCUUCAGGAAUUUGAAGUAGCGUUGGACGCCCGUUGUCAUUUUCUGAACAUAGUUCCCUUUCUAGAAAAAGGUCGCUUUUUACGCGGCUUUUUUCGCGGAUUUCGGAAUUUACGCGGUUUUUUACGCGGAUUCCGGAAUUUACGCGGUAUUUAUUUUUGCGCGGAUUUCGGUUUCCUUUCACUCGGAAUGCAGAAUUAACGCUGGUUUUUGUAUGCGGAUUCCGGAAUUUACGCGGUUUUAUUUUACAUGAAUACCGGAAUUUACGCGGUUUUUUUACGUGGUAUGUAUCCCCCGCGUAAAAAGUUGCUUUAGUGUAUUGACAUUAGUUAACCAUUCUACUUAGUUUUACACAGCUUGACAGAAAGCAGAAAUCGCGGAAUUGAUUUCUAAACAACGUUUCAAUAUUACGUCCAAGCCUUCUUCUGUAUUCUAGUAACCUUUCCAGAAAAUGUAAUCCGCCAUGCACGAUUUAAAAAUUUGCGCCGGAGAUGAAUAUUUGGAUUCUGGACGUCAUCAUGAUAUUGGAAAUAUACCUAUUGCAGAGCAUAUAUUCGUUUUUCAUAAAACUCUAAAACCGGGAGUCGCCAUAUUGAAUUUAAAAAAUGUCAUGGGAGUUUUAGUUCUGCUUUCUAAAGGUCAUCCUGGUUCCGGAAAUACCAAUGUUUGGAGGUUUGUAAACGUUUUCUACAGUUGUAUACAGCUUCCCAGCAACCAAAAGUCGCCAUAAACAUCGGGAAUCAUAUUCCGGUCCCUAGACAUCAACUUCUGGCCAUGACCGACCGAGGCCAUGGAAGUUAUCGUACCUUUUCAAAAAGUUUCCAUAGGGCACUAAAAGACCUGAUUUUCUUAUAAAUUAAGACCCCCUCCCUCUUUGAUAGCUGCCCCUUUCUCUUUUCGACAUCAUGUUCCGGUCUCUGGAAAUCAGUUUUCCGGUCUCCAGAUAUGACCAAAGGCCUAAAAACUAUCGUAUUCAUUCAGAAAGUUCCCAUAAUGCAUGAAAAUAGAUUUUUUGAUUAAUUAAGACCCUCUCCUCUUUUGGGGGUUGCAUCUCCUUCUUCACACUAUUUAUAUGACCACUUUCUCUGUACAAAGAACACGUAUGUCAAGUUUGGUUAAAAUCGGUACAAUCAUUCGAGAGUUAUGCUGGACAUACAUACAUACAAAACUUUUUUUUAAAUAAAUAGCUGGAUUGUAGGAGCUCUUACCUUAUUUGAUCGAUGCUCUUAACUAAAUUUUUAUUCGGUAAUAGUUGAGCUUCAGCAACUUUUCCAAACAUAUUUUUUAUCCAAAACGCUAAAUUGGACUCUCCGGUUUCAAAUUAUGCAAGAAAUAUGUCAAGGAAUCGUUCCAAAAACGGAUCAAAGCAGGUUGGAUGUUUUGAAACACUUCUCUAGAAACAUUUGUACGAAAGCCGAUUUUCGGCUGCAAACAGACGUCACUACGUUUCAAAAAAGGCCAUUAUUUGGAAAUAUAUGAUCGAUUUUCGUAUGACGACGUCAUUCCGAUUCUGAAAAUACCCAUAUUGCCAAGCAUAUAAUUCAAUUAUUAAUAUUCGCAGAUUUCCAGAAACGGAAGUCGGCAACCCAAGUUUCAAAGUAUCGUCAGAUAACGAUAACCGGUUCUUAAGAGUCAUUUUUGCUCCGAAAAUUGCAACAUUGGGGGGUUUGUGAGUGUUUUCCACAGCUUUAAAUGGCUUCCCAGAAACCGGAAGUCGCCAUCUUGGAUUGAAAAUGGCAUCGAACAUCAUGUUUCGGUCUCUGGACAUCAACUUCCGGCCUCCAAAUAUGACCAAGAACCCGAAAAUCAUCAAAUUUCAAUGAAAGGUUUCAAUUAUGUAUGAAAAUUUAUUACUUUUGACCCCCUCCUUCUUUAAGGGUGACCCCUCCUCCUAUCCAAUAUUUCUAUGACCACUUCCUUUAUACAAAGAACACGUAUGCCAAGUUUGGUUGAAAUCGGUUCAGGCCUUCGAGAGUUAUGCUGGAACAUACAUACAUACAUACAUACAAAACUUCUCUUUUAUAUAAAUAGAUUUAUAUUCAACCAUCAUAAGAAUCAUAAGAAUCAAUUUGGUAGAAAUGUAUGUGACAAUGAUAAAUUAAAAAAAUAUAUUUUGUUAUGCCCGCUUACCUAACCUAAUUAGAAAAUUAAAUUAGUUGAUCCGAGGAGGAAAUGUGCUUUCCUUUUGGAAUUAAAUUCGUGUUUGCGGUAAUUGUACGACACAUUUUUGUUCACGUAUGUGACACAAAAAAAAACACUAAUGUAGGUAGCUGUCACUUUUGUCCGAUUUUGACACAUUUUUUGAAGUAGAAUACUUCUCUCAGGAAGUUCGGCUACAUAGGGAUGUGAAAUGAAAAUUUAAAACCGAAAAAAGUGAAAAAUAUGUCCAAUUUCAAAUGCUAAUAAAUCGGUUGGUAUCCGAUGGAUUUCCUUCGUUCUUGCAGCAAUAGAUUGGAAAAUCUUCUGAGAUUCUUCCCAAAAUAAGAUAAUUGUAAUUUUAUCAUUCACACUAUUGUACUAUUGAAAAUAGCCAAGCCUUGUCAAAACGAAAAAUUCGACCUCUGAUUGGUCGUUAUAUAAUUGCUUCCCAAGCACGGUCGACAGAAUCCUAUACCUUGCAAUUGAAAACAUGCUAUUUGGCCUAUAUAAGAGCCUGUUUCAGCCGAAGCCGUUCAUAAUAGUUCUAGACAGCGGCAACAGCAGUCGUCCUUCCUUAGCAGCUAGCCCUGUGGUUGGUCACCACGUCUCAGGAGCAGCGCGGUUCUUCUCAGCGUGUGUCGCCAGACUGCCAUUAUUCCCUUCGUGUUGGGGGCCCUUGGGGCAGCAUGAAGAUUGCCAUCAGGAAAUUCAAUUUGGAAAAUCAAAAUGCCUUUUUCAAGGCAAAUAAACAAGUCAUUGAAAGUUAUUAAUUUUUGACAACGCAAGCAAACAUUCUGUGUUGGAUUCUAGCAAUUUAAAUCUGUCGCACCCGUUUACUGAAUGUGAAAUAGCUUCCACAGUGCAUGUUGUCCGUGUAUCUUAAUUCCCCCACUGUUAGGGCAGCUCAAAAGUUGUGAUCAGCAACCGAUUUUGAACCGCAAAAUGCCUUUUUCAAGGCAAAUAAACAAAUAAUUGAAGGUUAAUAAUUUUCUGGCAUCAACACAAGCAGACAUUCUGUGCGGAAUGCAAUCAUUCUGUUGUAGUUGUAUGAUUUUUUUUUACUUUAUUUAGUAAACCUCCCACUGUAGGGGCAGCGCAAAGGCUGCGAUCAGCAUAACCGACUUUGAAUAACAAACUACCCUGUUAUACCGCAUUCACAAAGACAGUUAGGCCUCUGCGAACGCGAGCGAUGGGACAAGAAACUUGCCGUAGGUGAAUAAACAGCUUUCUUUACGGCUGUUCGGCAUUCUGGAUUUUGGCAAUCAAAACUUCUGCUGGGUGUCUGAUUUUCAGUGUGAAAACAGCCUUCAACUUUGUUGUCAGAGUGCCUGACUACGAUUUGGUAAUAUUGUUUGAGUCAAAUGUUUACAAAAUUUUGCAAUAUUCCUCUUUCUUCCAUUUAAUAAAACAGGUAAUACGAUGCCUUCGUCAUACGCAAGUUCACCAUAACUCCCGCUAUCGGCGUAACACAGAGAUGCAAUCAGCGUCAUAUCCGAUUUUAAAUUCAACAACAAACUGUCCUUUUUAGGACAACCGAACAAAUGAAUUGAUGAUUUAAUAUUUUCUCGUUCUAAGCUUUAACCAAAAGUUAUAUAUCUUAAUUUGAAUUCACAUGUACAUGUACUCUGACUGUUGAAACUUGUUUGUGUCGCAAAGAGUUUGUUCUUUUCCUGUUCAGUGAGGUCGUAUUUAUAUGUGCAAACUGAAAUUGAGUAGUACUUCAACUUUAUUUGCACAGAAUUUUCAAUACUGCCAAUGAGCGGUCAACAUUUAUUUGCUAGGAAAAAAUACCGACACGCAAACAAGCCGGGUUAUCUUUCUUGUAAAAGUAUUCUACUUCAACCUUGCGGUCGUGGCUUUGCACACAACCCUCCUGUGAUUUUUUUUAUUUUGACACAUACGUGUGAAUGUGCUGGUGUCUUCAAAACUGAACUCUGUUUCUUGCGCGGACUGUCCGGGACAGAAAAAGGGUUUUUUUUGAAGAAAAAGGGUAGUCCGGGAUAGUCCAGAAAAUGUAAAAAAAAACAGUGAUAGGACAAAGUGUAGUCCGCGGGGUAGCUACACCGCAAAAACGAAAACGACAUAAGAAAACAAUCUUGCUCAUUUAGUACAAAAAAAGGUUUGUUUCAAUCUGUUCUGGAAAUUUGUCUCCACCUUUCUUCAUUUUCUGCGCUGAACAGUAGCAUUCUAAGCCUAUUGAUUAGGUUGUUGCAAGAUUGCGGAUGUACAAUUCGGUUACUGAAAACAAUCAAUAAUUGAUUUGGAAUGUCGAAAAUAAUAGAAAAGCAUACUUCGAAAGCAAAUGCUAAUCUUCAAAUACCAAAUUUCAGGUUACACUCUCGCGGUUUUGUGGAAAAAAAAAUUCAGAUACAGUCGACGUUCGAUAACUGCAACACUGUUUAACUGCAAGACCGAUAACUGCAACAAUGUUGGUUGAGAGUCAAUUCUCUUUGCCGACAUUUUCUUAGGAUCCCGACAACUAUGCGCAUGAAAUAUUUUGAACAGUUGACAAUGUAUCGAUUAGGAUUGCAAACUUUCACUGUCAGUGAUAGAUUCUUAGUUGAAACUGAAAACUACGAAUAUCAGUUUCAUCACGAACAAGCUGUGAUAAUUGCUUUCAGCUCCAAUCAGUUGACAGUGAUGAUGUUGACUGGCAGCACUGUGAUUUCGCACACGCUAUGUUACUCUAGCGAUGUUUAUGCGGUGUAGGAUGAAUAUAUUUACCUACUCCAUCGACUUCUUGCAAUGUAUUGGCUCAGAUCAGUUUGAUAAGAGUACUGGUAUCGAUAAAUUAAAUGCAUUAAGAAAAGUGUGUAUUGCUAAUAAGUUGACAUAUUGACACUUGGUCGUGGUGAUGAAAAUAGAGAGUUGAUACAAUCCAUUUUGGUAAUAAACGUUAUCUUCGCUAACACUAUAGCACUAUAGCCUUGCUGUGCAUGUUGCAUUGUAUAUGACAAAGAAAAGACGUUACUUGAAACGUUGGCAAUAAAUUGUGAUGCGAAAAUAAAUCAAAUUGGUUUAUUUUUAUGCAUACCUUUAUUGCUAUCUUUUUUAAAAAUUAUUUUAAAUUUAAGAUGGUAGUUGUGAACUCCCCUCAAAAUUUUAAAAUGUGUCAAAUGUUGUAGCUAUCGAACGGCAUUCGAUAACGGUAAUGUAAAAAUGUUUUAAGAACAAUAAAUCGUUGUCUGAAAAACUGGUACCUGACAGUUACGUAACUUAAACUCCUUAUACGAAUCCAUCGUUCUUUUUUUGUGAUAAAAUGCAAAACCUAUAAUUUAUUGUUCCAUGUUUUUUUUUUUCGAGUCAAGUUAUGUAUCUUCAUCAUUCCCGCUUUAACUAUAGCAUUUAUAUUUGCUUUAUCGAUUUAUUGUAAAGUCAUUCUUUUGUUCAACGUUUGCUCAAACUGUCAAAAACUUCCGCUCAAAUCACGACUUUUGAAGCUGCAUCAUAGAAUUCCCCUUAGAAUACAUACGACUUUUCCCCGAUUCUAUAUCAUUUAACAUUAUAUGAUACUAAGAGAUAGUUCCGACGACGUGUCGGUGAUCGGCUUCGAAAAAGAUAUCAAUGGGGCUCCCACGGUGCAAUUUGUUAUAUCGAAAAAUGACCUUCGAACAUUUAUUACUUUUUAACUACAUGCACAAUUGGCAAUUUUAUUUUAGCAUCUUAUCAGAUCUUAUCUCUAACCGUAUUGAAUAAUUCCAUCGUUCAAAAUUUGAAGUACAAUUGUUGAACUGGAAUCAAAGUUUAGAUGUCAGGUGAUGCCAAAUGGCAACACCUGCAGGGCCCAAGAAGCUUAUAUUAGCCGUUCACUACGUUUAGCAUCCGUAGGUUUUGAAAAAUGGUUAUUUGAAAAGCAUACAAUCAGAUUUUGAUAACAGGUCUGCGCGGCUCGUGAUGCGUACAAUACCAAUUUUACCAAACGGUUCCAUUGAAAUUGAUGGUGAAACACGUAAAGCAUAACCGUUUCUCUUCGAUUAAAGUAUAGUCGCUAGGGUUGCAUGUUUUUUUGCUGUGGUACACAAGUACAUAAAUUAACAUCGGAAACACAUCGAAACACACUUUCAAUUGCGCGCAGUGGAAACAUUUUUUGCAAUUUUCAUUACUGUUCAAACUAUUCCGAAAUAUUUGAAAACGUGCAUUUACUCAAUUUACUCAAUUCUGAGAAAAGUUGGGCUAACUGAAUUUACGAGUAAAAUAUCAGAACUUAGUUAUUUUACUCUUUUUAGUAAUUUUACUUAUUAGCAGAGGCAAUGAAGAGCCAUGCCAUGUUGCUUUAAUCAUGGUUCUAUUAUUGAAGUCUUCUGGUGUUCAUACAGCAUGGAAGAUAAAUAAUAACUUAUGCGUUUAAAUGGUCUACAGCUGUUCUUAAUGCUUACGUUCAAUUGAUAAUUAAUCAAAAUUUUACGUUUUUUUUUAAUACAAUGAUAAUAAGUAAAACUUAAAUCAUUGAACAAACAAUUACAAAUCUUAUAAUAACACAAUACUAUGAGCAGAGGAUUUUAGGAUACAAUUAAACCAAUCUAUACCAAAUCGUAAUUAGUGUAAUGAAAAAUCAAACCAGGAGAAGCAGCUAAUACUAUGCAGAAUAUCAAUUAGAACAAACAACUCACAUAAGAUUAUUAUCAUGCAAGAAUACACAUCCAAUAUACUCGGCCGCUUAAUCGAUUGAUUGCUUAGUUGUCUGCAGUAUAAUAUUUUGUAUCCGAAAAAUGGCGUCAUCACAGUAAAACAUCUCAUACUAAGCAGUCAACAUGACGUAGCGUAAAUUGAGGGAGUGAAUCCGACAGAAAGAGCCGGCAACAACUAAAUGCGAUAAUGAAUACAAACAAAAGGUUCUCUGUGCCGGUUCAAUUAAUGUCCUUCGUCAACGUUACUCCUUGCUUUACGAACGUUAACGGUAACGCAGUGUUUCGUCGAGUGUCUAGGACGCUAUGUGAUUUGUAUUCGGUUGCGAAUUCGAAACAGUAAUGUAAGAUAGAGGAAUCGGAUGUUCAGAGUUUUUUAGAAGGGGUGUGAACCGAAAACAAGAAAUUAUAUUUCUUCUUUUGUGGCAUUUUAAUAAAACUAAACCUUAGAGGAAAAUCGCAUUGAAUGAGGAGCGUAGCAAGAAAGAUAGUGCGCGAGAGCUUGUAAUCAAGUAAUAAAUUACACAUAGAUCUAUGACGAACAAAACGAUUUGUGAAUUAAAAAAUAUAAAAAGAAUAGCUUUUAUGCGUUUUAUUGGA